UGGAGAGUCAGAGUGGCGUCUUGGACAUGGGAAUCGAGCAGUUUCAUGGCCGACUGUUCUGGAUAGCUAGUCUGUGCCCACUGGGCCUUUAUUCAACCGCAUGAACGUCCGAAAUGUUAGGGUGCUAGUGGAAUUACGAAGUGGAUGAACCCCCAGUAAUUAGCCUGCGGAGCUGGAAAGGAGAUAGCUGCCUUAAGCCCUAGUCUCAGAAAUGACAUCUCCUCUGUACAGUGGUUCCAAUCUGAACUCAGGGCUACCACAUCGCAGGCUUGUGGACAAGAAGAUCUUACAGAAGAAAUGGUAAUUCUCCACUCGUUUCCUGAGGUGUCCGAUUGUGCCUGUGGAGAUCCAGUUCAGCUGUGACUCUCAAGAGCGUCACCCUCUGUCAGUUUUCCUCAGUCUUCAGUGUCUGGAAGCCUCUCAGCUCAUUUGCAGUCCCCCACCUUAACCGCGAGGAUCACCUUGUACCACAUCCUCCCCUCUCCUGGUAACAUCUAUAGACAAACACUGAUUUGCUGCAUCUGGAACUUAUCUGCAACAUGGAGCACAUUUUCCAUUGGGAUUUUGUUUACUGUUCCAGAUGGUGAGACCAAAAUCAAGAUUGGAGAGCCAGCUUCAGAGGAGGAAAUGACAGGAGACACUGAAACGUUGACUGAAGAACCUGGCAGCCUCAAGGAGGAUGUUCUCCCGAAAUCCAGAGGCAAAGAAUCCCGUGAAUUGGGGGACGAAUUGAAUGAAAAGCCCCGCUUAAGAAGAAGACAGUAUACCUGUGAUGAAUGUGGCCAGCACUUUGCUUGGAAAACGGGUCUCGUUAGACACCAAAGAAAUCACUGCGAUAGACCUCACGGAUGCGAUGAAUGUGGAAAGGCCUUUCGUUCGCGCUCAGCCCUGGCUUUGCAUCAGAGAAUUCAUACUGGAGAGAAACCCUAUCCGUGCAAUUGGUGUGUUAAAAGCUUUAGUCGGAGCUCAGACCUUAUCAAACAUCAAAGAGUCCACACUGGGGAAAAGCCUUACAAAUGUGAGGAGUGUGGGAAAGCCUUCAGCCAGAGCUCGGAUCUCAUCAUCCACCAGAGAAUCCACACAGGAGAAAAACCCUACCCAUGCGGUCAUUGUAGCAAAAGCUUUAGCCAGCGCUCAGACAUGGUCAAACAUCAGAGGAUCCACACUGGAGAGAAGCCUUAUAUGUGUAGCCAGUGUAAUAAACACUUCAGCCAGAGCUCUGAUCUUAUAAAACAUCAGCGAACCCACACUGGGGAGAAACCAUAUAAGUGUAAAGCUUGUAAGAAGGCCUUUAGUCAGAGCUCCGAUCUUAUCCUCCAUCAGCGAAUCCACUCCGGGGAGAAACCAUAUCCAUGUAAUCAGUGCAGCAAAAGUUUCAGUCAGAACUCAGACCUUAUUAAACACAGAAGGAUUCACACUGGAGAGAAGCCAUAUAAAUGUAGCGAAUGUGGAAAGGCUUUUAAUCAGAGCUCGGUCCUUAUUCUGCAUCAGAGAAUUCAUACCGGAGAGAAACCCUUCCUAUGUAACCAGUGUACCAAAACCUUCAGUAGGUUUUCAGAUCUCCUUAACCAUCAGCGAACUCACACUGGAGAGAAGCCGUACCCGUGUGGUCAGUGCAGUAAAACGUUCAGUAGGAGGUCGGAUCUUAUUAAACAUUACAGAGUCCACACUGGGGAGAAGCCCUAUGAAUGUAAGUGUGGGAAGGCCUUCAGUCAGAGCUCCAACCUUGUUCUCCACCAGAGAAUCCACACCGGGGAAAAACCCUAUCCCUGUGAUGACUGUGCCAAGAGUUUCAGUCGCCGUUCAGACCUCAUAAAGCAUCAAAGAACACAUACUGGCGAGAAACCAUAUACAUGCGAUCUGUGCGAUAAAAGCUUCAGUCAAAGCACAGACCUCACGAAACAUCGGAGAAUGCAUUCUGGUGAAAAGUCCUACCACUGUGAUAGCUGCGGCAAAGCCUUUAGUCAGAGUUCUGACCUCAUCCUUCACCGUAGAAUAUACACAGGAGAAAAACCCUAUGAGUGCUCGCUGUGCACCAGAUGUUUCAGUCAGAAUUCAGGCCGUAUCAAACACCGGAGAAGCCACACUGGAGAGAAACCCUACCCAUGUGCUCAAUGCGGCAGAAGCUUUAGUAGGCGCGUUGAUCUCUUUAACCAUCAGAGAAUACACGUUGGGGAAAAACCGCAAAAAUAAUACCCGUGAGAAAUUGCUGGGAAUGACCCUUCUGUACACUGAGUAUGUGUACUCUCACUGGCUGAUAAAAAGCGGACAGGCCGGUAGCCAGACCGGAAGUUAGGCGGGAAAGCCAAACUGAGAAUGAUGGGAAGAACGGGGGUGGAGUCAGGCAGACGUCCUAGCUGCCUAGGAAGUAAGACAUGCUAGAGAACAGGUAAAGCCAUGAGCGAUGUGGCAAUACCUAGAUUAAUAGUAAUGGGUUAAUUUAAGUGUAAGAGCUAGUAGCAAGCCUGAGCUUUCGGCCAAGCAUUUAUAAUUCAUAUUCAGCCUCUGAGUCAGUUAUUUAGGACCCAGGAAUUGGAACAGGAAAUGUCUGUUUACAGGAAACCUUUCGGUACUGUGACCAGUCUCACUGAAUAGCAAAGGAUGCACAUAGAAGGGAAACUAUCCUCAGUUCGGGGUAGCAGACGUUUUAACACACCUGAUCGUGGUAACUUUAAGAAAACCCAUUCUAGCCAGGUGGUGAUAGCGCAUGCCUUUAAUUUCAGCAUUCAGGAGGCAAAGGCAGGCAGAUCUACAUAGCAAACUUUAGGACAGCAAGGGCUACACAGAGAAACCCUGCCUUGGAUGGAAAAAGAAGAAGUAGGAAGGGAGGAAGGAAGAAAAGGGAGGGAGGAAGGAAGAAAAAGAUUCUUCCUGAGAAGGAGGAAUUGCAUGAACGUGACAGCUAUGGGAAAGUGGUGCACAGAUUCUGAUCCCACACGUGAAAAAGGUUUUAAUCAAUGUCCAGCCCAUGCUGCAUUUAAAAAAUAGAAAUUCUUACCCUUACUAUAAUCUAAGAAAAUCUCUUAAAAUUCACAGCAAUAUCAUUAUAAAAUAUAAGACAUUAAUGCAGAACUUACCAUAUUUAAAAGUAAAUGUGGAAAGUCUCAAUCAAAAUUAUGAGGAAAAUAUAUUUAUCUUAGAAUCUCAAACCUUUAUUGAGUCUAAAUUACCAAGUGCAUAUUAGAAGUUAUUUCAGAGAAUGCAAGGAAACCUUAAAUCCUGUAAUUAAAGCGGUAUUAAUGCUGAUGUCACAGUAUCCUCUAGAGAUGGAGAGUUGGGUCCUAUGCACAAGCUGAGUAUAAAUUCACUGUGUAACUCCAUGCCGCUUUGUCUCCGUGAUUUGUUGGUAGCGGUCUAGUUUCGGUUUCCUCGUGAGCAUGAAUUCCUAUGGUGCACGCAGCAAGGCUAGUUUAAUUUUCAGUAAUGCAGACCAAUAUUGAACAAAAUGGAGCUGUUUUAUUGUGGUCCUGUAAAUACUGUAGUUCCAUGAUAUCCAUGGGGGCUAUGCCCCGAGGCAUAGAACUUCGCCAGUCAGCUGACAGUCUUGCUAAGUCCAGAUAGACUGUGAAUAGGCAAAGUACAUGACCCUUUGCAUUAGUGAUAGAGGUUCUCAGUUCCUGACUAACAGUUCCAAACUUUGUGUGCCAGUGACUCAAAUCCUACCUAGUGUUAGUGUCUUCGCUGCUCUUCUUUCAGUCAGAACCAUCAGCUACCAGAAUUUUCCAAGAGAUGGAGCUAGCUGGUCCCAGCACUGGUUACCAGCCAUUCUCAGUGGUAACAGUUCUAAGGAAACCAGCCAGUGUAUACUACCCUGAAAUCAUAAAUAUGCAAAACCAUCCUGAAGAGAUGCUAUUGGUACUGGUGCUGCAGCAAUGCAUGGGCUGACAAGAUGGAAUGAGAGAGGGGCAGAUUAUAUAGACAAAAGAAAGAGACGCAUGUGUGUUUGUGGUGUCCUGCUGAUGAACGGCAGACUUUAUGCAACUUUAGGUUGUGAGCAGGAGAAGGGUCUGGUGUUGGACAAUUGUAUUCUGUCAAUUAUGUUUUAAAUAAACACUGAUUGGCCAGUAGCCAGGCAGGAAGUAUAAGUGGGACAACCAGACAAGAAGUAGAGGUGGGUCAAAGAGAACAGGAGAAUUCUGGGAAGGAGAAAACCCAUUCCUCCCGAGUCCUGUCCAGACACCGAAGAAGCAGGAUGUGACCUGCCCCAUUGAAAAAGGUACCGAGCCAUGUGGCUGACAUAGAUAAGAAUAAUGGGAUAAUAUAAGUAAUAAGAACUAAUAAGAAGCCUGAGCUAAUGGGCCAAUCAGUUUAUAUCGAUGUAGACUCUGUGUGAUUUUCUUUGGUACCUAAAGACUG